GGUCUGUGCUCUGUGAAGGCAAAAAGUGAAUAUUUAGCGGCGUUAACCGUUGGCCGACAGUUUCAAUCGACUCUCCAUUGCUUCUGCCGGGGCGCCAGGGUGAAAGUUGAAAGUUCAUCCAUAUCUGACAACAGGAGACACGUGCAGGUUGAAAAGUCCAGUAGAACCAGCUGCAGCAAUGGCUGCCAUCUACUCAGGCAUCCAUCUGAAACUGAAGAGUCCUCAGACUCCGUGGCAGGACAAGUUAAAACUGGCACGUUUUGCCUGGAUCUCCUCUCAGUGCCUGCUACCCAACAAGGAACAGGUGCUGUUGGACUGGUGCACCCACGCUCUGACCGGCUGGUACAACCAGAAAGUAGAGUUUUCUCAGGAUGUCCUGGAAGGACUUUGGUGUUACCUGGAUGAUCUGCUUCACAGCAGGAAGCUCCUCUCUCUUCUCAAGCAGGGCAAGACCAUCAGCCUGAGGCUCAACAUGGCACAGCUGCUGCUUGACCGUCUCCAGGAGUGUGCGCGUGUUGGCUCUGAGUCGCCGGUGUGUGCGUCCACCAUACUGAGUGUGUGUCAGGGCCUUCUGUCUUCUCCUGCGCUCUCAUCUGUCUUCACCACCAAGUAUGAACUCAUGGUUGAUUUCCUGGCUAAGCUCUGUUCUCUGGCCUGCCAUGAGCUACAACAACAGCCAUUGCUCACAGAACCCCUAAUGACUGAGUCGGUCACAUGUCAAGAUGAGGUGAUGACUGAGGGUCUUCAAACUCCAAGCGAUUUGGAAAGUUCUCAAAUUGAUCCGGUCACCGAAAGAUCUCCAGAUCAGCCAGAGUUAGAGGCUAAUAAAUCCUCUUCCAAGCCAACGGAGAACCUCCGUUCAGCCAAUUUGUUUGAGGUGUUACUUCAGGUGCUGUCAUGUUAUUUGUCAGUUCAGCGACAACAAGCCAAUCCUAACAGAGUCUUUGCUAUGGUAACCAACCAGCUGAUCCAGAUAUUAGUACUACUCAGACAUCUGCUGACCUCUGGUGAAUUUGCACCUUCUCACACACAUCUGCGCCUCCGUCAGCAGCUGUGCAGAGACAUCCGCAUCAAGAUAGACUCCAUCCUUCAGUUAGCACUUUUCCCAUCUGAGCACCUGAUCUCCUACAAGGAGGAGCUCCUUCCAUUGAAAGAGGAUUCUGGGAAACGUGGUCCUGGGGGGGCAAAAGGCCCCUUGAAGCCAGUAACUGCCAUCCUUUCCAAACUGAGUGCUCAGGGCUACUGUGAGCCGCACCUGCACUACACUGUGAAGUCGAACACAUUGUCUCUGCUGUUUAAGUUAUUUCUGGAAAGCUACAGAAAAGGGAGAGGAGAAAGCGAGGAAGUGAACAGGAUGCUGUGUUUCUAUUUCCUCACCACGUUGGUCCAGGCCUUGGACGUAGGCCUUGAUGGACUCUCACCUGCCAAAGCAGACCAGCCUGUCUCUGUGUCCCUCGGGCAGAAGUCUCCCCCAGCCUCUUUCUGUUCCCCAGAGAGCUGGAGCCUGGCUCUGCUGGCUGUGGAGUCCCUGCUAAACCAGGCUCUGUCUGCCGAUAUUUACAAUGUCGCAGCAGACAAGAUCAGACAUGGAGAGGUCCAGCUCAACUUUUACAGAGCCCUGGGACAGAUUCUGUUCAACCAGGCCCAACCGGGCAUCCCAGCAUGGUACCGUUGUUUAAAAGUGCUGUUGAGUCUCAACCAUCUGAUUCUUGAACCAGACCUGGACCAGCUGUUAUCUUCAGCCUGGGUUAAUGCUGAAUGCAUGGAAGCACGAGUGCAACGUGCCAGACAGAGCAUGGUGCGCAGUAUCCUCCAGACCUACACUAAGCUCCGUCAGCUGCCUCGCCUCUUCUCUGAGCUCCUGUCUGUGAUCUGUCAGCCAGCCCUGGACGAACUCCGACCUCCUCUGCUGCCUGAGGGCAUCUCCACCUCGCUCAGGACUUGUCUUUUGGAUACCCCCCCUUCACAGGCCCUAGAAAUCUGCUCAUUAGUAUUGGAGAGCAUCCGGAGAUAUAUUCUACCUGACCUGGUCAAGGGGGAAAGUGGGGCAGAGAAGAUGGAGAUUGAUGAUAAAGGAGAGAAUACAGAAAUAAAGGUGGACCAAGAGAGAGAGGAUGCAUCUCUGAAGCUAUUCUCCGUCAGCCAACUGCUUCAUGUUGUUUUGUUUAGUCUGAAGACUCUAGACAAUGCCUCUCCCCUUCCUUUGAUCAGGCAGAGUCUGGGCCUGAUGGAGGAGAUGCAACAGGUAGUCAAGGAGUUGCUAAAUCUGUUGUCAAAGGAAACGAAGGCUUUAAAAACAAAUAUAAGUUCAGUUCAACAGACCCAAAAGAAAGGCAAAAAGAAUUUGGACCACAAAAAGUCAGAGGAGGUCUCAGAGUCUAAAAUGGGAGCACUGUGGGAACAGAAGACCCAGGAAGCCGCUCUCCUCCUCAGAUACACCUGGGUGGAAGUUGACACGCUCUUCUAUAUCCACUGCAGCAAAUACACAUCUCUUGAUUCAGCCCAGACAGCAGUUGCAAAUGAGACUGAAGGCUGUGCUCCAGUCCUAACCCAUGCAGAAGGUCUUCUAUCUGGUGAGAUUUUUCCAACACGUCUUCAUCCAUCCUGCAGCCCUAUGAGCUGUUUGCUUUUCAAACUCCUCACUCUGCAACAGACGAAGAAGGUUUUGUUAGACACCCCCUUACUUUCUGAACCCAGGACUGGUGCACUGCUAAACAGGGCAGCCCAAUUUAUUUUAGCUAAAUCAGAGUUCGAGGUGAGCCUGGAUGGAGAGCAGGUAUGGGACGGGCAGAUAGAGAGUGUGAGCGCCAGCUCUUACCUUGUAGCACACUGGUAUCUUAUCACGUCCAAUUUGCCUUUGAUUUCUCCCUACCUGAGCAGAGAAGAUGUGGACUGCAUAGUAGAUGUACUUGUCAGUUCACUCCUCAGCAGACAGACAGAUGGAGCAAAGGACUGGCCAGCCGGCUGUCUGACUGUCUCCCUCAUAUCUUCACAGCUUCUCCAAGGCCCGGUUCUUGCUGAGUUGCCUUCACUGUUCUCUGCGACAGUUUGUUCCCUCACACAAAAGAUUAUUGGUGUUCUCAAGACAGCACAUGUACCCAAGGUUUGUCCUACGCUCCUGAAGUUUCAGGAGAAAGGAACUGGAGCUAACUCUUUACAGGGAGAUGCCAGUCAGCCUCUGCCCGCCCUUGUGAAAAAAGAGACUAUAAUUGAGGAUAUAAUGGCAUUCUUGAAGACUGGAGAUGUGUCUGUAUUGCUGGCUGACACACAGAGCAAGGAACUGGUAAACUUAUUCCAAAUCUUAACAAACCUAAACCCAGAUGGGAUGAACUCUGAAGAUCUCUCCUCUAUUUUCCUCCUCCUCUUCUUCAUUCUCACCUCUACCUCCAGUCAUGCAGACCAGAUGGCCGUGGCCUCUCCUGAAUGUGGAGAUGAAGCGGUAUUCCUGAUGAAGCUGCUCAGGAUUCUGACUUGUCUCCUGGAGGGUAGAAACUUCCAAAGUGUUUUGAAGCUCAUCCAUGGUGGUACUCUGCUGCAGGCCGCUGUGUCUUCUCUACUCUGGCGUAGCAACAAUGGAAGAUUUCGAGCCACAAGCAGCCCCGAUUGGUUGAAUUUAAUCAAAGCAGUGCAGGGCUUCAUCAGGUCCUUGAUCCAGUUGAUUAUAAUCAGAAACAGCAGCGUUCGACUUAACCUGGACCAGUUUGCCUCCUAUCUUACCAGUACGGAAAUAGCAAGCAGGCAAAUUGUGGCGCCUGGUUCAGCAGCUGUGUCAGGCAAACCAGAUGCAGGAGCGUCCAUUUUGUCUGUUCAUCUCCUCCUGGCAUCACUGGCAUCUUUCUCCCAGGCAAUGACAUCCAACCUGGGAAGGAGUAAACCAAUGGAUCAAACUUUCACCCAAAUGCUAGCCAGAACGACUGCUUCACUGGGACCAGCCAUUGAGUCCGCCCUGAAGCCCCAGGUCAGCAUCCUCGGUCAAGCCUUUGUAGUAGAAGUUGUUACUGUCAUGCUUCACUGUGAACUGACCUCACUGUCGGUGCAGGAAGAGAACAAGCAGGCGGACACCCAGCUAACCCUGAGUUAUAUGAAGCUCUAUCAGGGCUUCUGCCAGCAGAUCAUCAAAGAAAUGAGUUCUGCCCACAGGCCCAUGGACUUCCUGGUUUCCUCUCUGCAUUUCUUGUCCACUUUCUACAAAGCAGUGAAGAAGACAGGAGGAGAGAGGGAGGAUGAGCAAGGAGAGGAGACGAAGGGAGGAAAGGAGUUGGAUGAGCUGUACAUGCAGAUACUGCAGAAUGUGUACAGGUUGCUGACAGCUUCCUGGCUGUCUUCAAAUGAUCUUUGUGAGCUGGAGCCAGCUGUGCAGGAGCUGCUGUGCCACCUGGUGGAGAAAAGCACUACAGGGCAGUUCAACCUGCUGCUGCUGCUGAUCAGAGAAGGACUUGACACUGGCCAGCUGAGGGCAGGAAACUACAGGGAUGUGCUAUCUGCAGUCAUCAUCAUUAAGCUGCUGUCCUGUUGUCAGUUACCUGAGCCCUGCUCUAAAGCUCUGUGGCUCAUUGCACCUCAGAUUAUAUCUGCUAUGGUGUUCUUAGUAAGGUCGUCCAGUCAGGACGUCUCGCUGACCCUUCCCUUUACUGUUCCUACGGUGAUGUCAAUGACGUCACUGCUGCGCCAGGGGGAGGGGCGCAUCACAAACCCUCAUCAUGUGGUCUUGGUCCUUGGCGCGCUCCAGUCGGUGCCCCUCGACCACUUGACCCCAGUCGUCUACCAAUCAGCGUUCCUGGCUGUUCAUGAGGCGCUGUUUGCCUUCAUCCAGUGUCAUCCUCAGGUGAUGUUGAAGGCAGCGCCGUCAUUUUUAAAUGUCUUCUACCGUCUGGUGGCGUCCAUCAUGCAGGAGGGUCGGCAGAGAGGAGACAGUGACACAGUUCCAGACAGUGACGUGUAUCUCCAGUGCUCCAGACUGACAGAGAGGAUGUACUCUCACAUUGCUGCUACAGCCGAGAGCUUCACCACAUUGUCGGCCUUCAUGGUGGCUCAGUACGUCACAGAGCUGCAGAAGGUUACUCUUCGACCAGACAUCAAGCUGCAUCUAACGGAGGGGAUCUAUCGGAUACUGGACCUGUGUAUGGAGCAGGAUAUCAAGUUUCUGACGGCCGAACUGCAGAUGGGAGUCAGAGAGGUGUUCAAUGAGCUGUACGGCAGCUACACCCACUACCACAAAGCACAGAGGCAAGGGGAGGAGAAGUACACUGUUUGAACUUCCACAACAAGCACUGACAAUGUUUGGUUUAGGCUUCAAUUUAAUUUGAUUAAAAUAAAUUUUUUAGCCGUAGAAAGAAUAUGUUUAUAUGUAACUUCAGCUUUUGAAUUAGAAAUCAGACAUACCAGCUUGUGAAUACCAUACGAUGUACACUGUAUGUACACAGUAGAUUUGUUUUUUUCACCUUACACAGUUUUUUUUGUUAAAAAUAAAAAAAUGGGUAUGUAUAAAUCACAUCAUUGCUUUGAAUUCUGCACCUAAACACAACACAAUAAUGAAUAUACAGACACUCUGAAGGAAACAGAGGGAAACAAAUAUUUAAGUAGCUCAAGCUGAAAAUAGUUUUUAAAAAAUGGCUCUAAAGUGUCCUGAGGUGUGUUAUAAACAGAUGCACAGGCAUUAAGAACACAAUUGCAAGGCCAAUAUAUUCUAGCUGGAUCGCAGUAUCUGUAUACUUACAGAGUCAACACAGGAAGUGGUCACGGAAGUGUUUCCUCAUCGGAAUUACCUCUUACUGCAGCCAGGAGAAAUCAUGUGCAAAAUGUUUAUAUUGUAAUUUAAAUGAACUGGUUUCAGUGAGAUAUGGUUAUCAUUUCAUUGAAUUGCUGAAGAACAUGUGAAUGUAUGUGUGAAUUGCCUUUUCUAUAUCACUGUUGUUUGGUUUUUUAACAAAACUUUAUGAUUUAAUACAUAUACAUUUGAAUACUA